UCUGUGGUCCAAACUCUCAUUGCACCAACUCAGUUGGGGGUUACAACUGUUCCUGCUUGAGUGGAUUUACUGUGACAAAUAGGAAUCAAUCAGUCAGCACCAGUAACCCAUGCAAUGUGACCCUAGCUUUGACUGAAUAUCUGAUUGAAAUUCAGAUCAAUAACACGGACAGCAGCUUCACUGAUCAGCUGAGAAUCCUUCUGAUGUCUUUCAGUUUGCCCUACACAAUCAGUGACAGCACUAACAUUACAGAAAUCAACAUAACUACUGUGUGUUCUUUGAAUGAAACACAGUAUCAGUGUAAAUGUGAGGGUCUGUUUGUUUGGCCGAAUGACACGUGUCACUCAUACGAGGCCUGUGAUGUCAUCACUAAUGGUUCAUGUACAUGUAUCAAUGCCCUUCCAAUCGACGGACAGUUCUGCCAAAUUCUACCUUCUGAGUACGUGAUUGACAUUGAUGUGAGAUUCUUUGACUUGUUCCUGGUGGAGUACUUACGCAAUCUCAUCAAAAACAUCAGCCUUCCUCUCACUCUGAGCAACAGCAUUAAUAUCACAGAUAUCGACCUGAAUACUGUGUGUGGGUUAAAUGGAACAGAAUAUGAGUGUAAGUGUGAGGAGAAUCAUGUUUGGCCCAGUGACACCUGCAGGGUCUAUCAGGUGUGUGAUAGCAUUGUGGGAGGCACCUGUGGAUGUAUUCAAGCUUUCCCUUCAGAGGGUUCACUUUGUCAGAGAGACAUCAAUGAAUGUAAAGAUGCAGUGUCGAGCGGUUUGCCAAACAUCAAGCUGCACUACCCCUGUUUGUGUUGCAGUGUUGAUGUCAAUCGCUCCAUCGGAGGAUAUAGAGAGCACCUGGAGAUCUCCUACCCUCCUCAGAGAAGUAAUGGCCAGCAAGAAAGCCACCUUAAGGGAAAGGUUCUUGGCCUCAGCAGACUCCAGCGGUUCGAAGGGGGCCUCAACCAACUCUCCGAGAACCACCGCCAGGUCCCAAAUGGGAACCCUGGUAUGAGCCACAGGUCUCAUCCUCCAAGCCCCACGGAGGAAACGUACGACCAACUGCUGUCUCCCCAGAGGCCCAUCACUCAGAGGAGCGUGGAAAGCCGAAAUGGCAGCCACGUACACCUUGAGAGUGGACGGGGUAAGACCAGCUGA